AUGAAUUCAAAUGGAGAGUUCAAUUAUGAUGAAAUUGAAUCAAGCUCACAAUAUGAUUCAUCAUAUGAAAUAGGAAAGACGACUGAAAAUUAUCGUUCGACGCAAAGGUCUUCAUCAACGAAGCCUUCUACUGAUCCUCCUGCUGCGCGAUUUUCGUCAGGUUCGUCAGGUUCGUUCAGUAGAGGGUCACUUUUCGGUCCAUCGUUUUCUAAACCAUCAGAAGGAAAAUCAUAUUUUUUCAAACCAUCUUCAGGUGGUUCCCGAGAUCCUUGGCCACCAUCUAAAGAAGGAUCGGGUAGUGAUUCGGAUUCUUCUGAUUCAGAUUCUUCUGAUUCGGAUUCAAGUGGAGAUGAUGACAUUACUAGCCAACGCACAAUUGAAAUCACGCCAUAUUACUUUACCACAGAUGAAGCAACGACUGAGGUCGAUUUAAAUUAUGGAGAAGAUUUGGAUCUUUUCUUCGUGGAUUCAACUACUUUAGAACCAGAAACCACAUCAACAACGUUAAGACCACUAACGACAACUUUUACCGAAACGAGCACAUUCAAAGAUUUAGAAUCAUUAGGUUCGGGUGAGGGUUCAGGUGAUGGUUCGGGUGAUGAUUUAAUAAUUAGGAAGGAUAGUAAAUAUUCCAAUUCAAAAAUUAAAAAACAAAAACCACGCCUUGCAAAUAGUGAUGACGAAGAUUAUUUUAACUAAUAUAUUUUGAAUUUAUCGAUUUAAGCAUCACAAACCAUUGUUAAACAUUUUUAAAUUGUUAAAAUCGUUCUUUAAAAUCUUCUUAUAAAAACAUUCUCUCGCGCUACUUUCACAACAGUCAAAUUAAAAAAAAAAGACGAGAACAGAUGG